AUGGCAUAUUCUACAAACACCCUCGCCUUUCCUAGCGACUAUGGAUGCAACGGCUCCCCCGCGAUUAUCUGCCCCUCUGCUGGAUCUGCAUCAUUUAAAGAUGUAGUUUCAUAUGCCCAGUUAGCGUUUAUGACACAGGCUCUACAGGGUGAUCUUGCUCGUAUGGGCAUUACAAAAGGCAGCAGAGUUGCGCUUGUAUUGCCGAAUGGAUUAGAAUUUGCUGCUAUACUUCUUGGAAUCAUACACCAGCGUGGUAUUGCGGCCCCACUAAAUCCACAGUAUACACAAAACGAGUUCAGGGAUAUCUUCUCCCAGAUGAAACUCGAUUUGGUGGUGAUGCUACCUGGAGCGCGGGGUCCAGAUGACAGCUCAUAUUUGACCGAUCCAGCUUUCCAAGCAGCACAGCAGCUGGGAGUGCACGUGGCAUUGUGCCACAAAAAGAGCACACUGAAUGACAGAGAUGAACAGACGUUGGAGCUUAUUCUGCGGCCUCAUGUAAUGGCCAAUAACAACAAUACUCCUGUCACUGUUGAUACCGGAGCGGCAAUCUACUCAAGAAAUGAGGUGCUGUCUGAAGACAAAGUUGUCAUGCUCUUGACAAGCGGGACUACAGGUGCGCCUAAGAUGGUCCUACUUAGUCACACCAAUCUUCUCACCGCUAUGCGCAUUAUUAUUGCCAAUCAUCAGCUCUCGUCUAGUGAUAGAACCAUUAUAAUUACGCCGCUGCACCAUAUUAUUGGUCUCUGUGGCACUUUACUUGCUACGCUAUUCUCGGGAGGCUGCGCCGUCAUUCCGGAUUCGCUCCCGGGCGCCUUCUGGCAGCGAUGUGCAGAUUACGGCAUCACAUGGUUUCAUGCUGUGCCAACUCUUCAUCGAUUGCUCCUAAACUUCCCGCGGCCUGGUGGUCGUGUCUCCUCACAUCUGAGGUUUAUCAGAUGCGGCGGUAGCGAGCUUUCUCCAGACUUAUACGAGCGCCUAGUCGCACUGGGCCCGCCUUUGCUCGAAGUUUAUGGCAUGACGGAGACGGCUCCCGCAAUAUUCUGCAACCAUUGGAAAGAAGGCGGUAUGAGACGCAGAAGCUAUUUUCCCAUUCCAGAUGCCAUAGAUGUGAUGAUUUUGCCAUCUAACGCAUUGGGACAAGAGGGUAAUGAUGACGACGCUCCGAUCGCUGCGAUAACUAAAGCGCCUGGUAUUAUAGGCGAGGUUUGCGUGCUUGGCCAAAAUGUAAUGGAGGGGUAUGUUGAAAACCCCCAAGCUAAUACCAGGGCUUUUCUUCCCAAUGGAUACUUUCGCACCGGCGAUCUCGGCGCUAUUGAGUCUGGUGGUUACCUGAGGUUGGUGGGUAGAAUUAAAGAGGUCAUCAAUAAAGGCGGAGAGAAAAUUGGCCCCGCCGAGAUUGAGCACGUAGCUUUGUCUCACGAGUUAGUUUCAGGGGCUGCGUGCUUUCGUAUCGCUGACAACAUGUACGGCGAUGAGAUUGGACUCGCCGUAUCUCUGAUACCGCAUAAGACGGAGGAUCCGCUCAUUGUGUCGGAAUUGAAACGUCAUAUAGCUCAAUAUUUAACACAAUUCAAAGUUCCCAAAGAGAUUGUAUUUGUUGACAUCAUUCCCUACAACCCAACCGGGAAGCCGAUGAGAACUCAACUAUCCCAACAGUUUGCGCAAGGGCUACUAUGA